AUGCCUUGCGUCGAUCUCAAAAAGAUAUGGAACGAUGACCUAAAAUUCACCUACUUCUUCGUGACAAAUGUUUGCUUUCUGAUCUCAGGAUUCGCCUCACUGGUUGUUGGAAUAUGGCUAUACAGUUCGAAAAACAACUUUGUGGAGUUGACACCUUCCUCUUACUCAGCUCUAUCUGCGGCGGGACUAUGCGUUUUCACCGGUGUCACAAUCUGUAUCAUUGUUGGUGUUGGAUAUUUGGGCGUAUCAUGGGGCAACAAGCCGCUUGUGUAUUCGUACAUCGCGUUCAUAUUUCUCCUCAUAAUUGUCCAUGGAGUCGCUAGAAUCACCGGAUUUCUGCACAAGGAAGAAGCGAGAGAAAAUCUGAGGAAAAACAUGUUUGACAAUAUUAACACCAGCAUUGUUGUGACCAAGAUUGGAAGAGAACUCAAACUUCUCGUGACUUGGAACCAUUUGCAAAGAGAGUUGGAAUGUUGCGGUGUUAACAACUAUACCGAUUGGUACUACUCGGUCCACUGGCCAAGUAGCAAAUACACCCCGGACAGCUGCUGUAACCCAAUUCAUUUCAAUGGAAACAGUACUAUGGAAAACUGCGGAAAGCUUCCGGAUGACAGAAGUGUACUUUUCCAAGAGGGUUGCUUCCCGAAAUUUGCCGAUUGGCUGUAUCACCACAUCAUCUUAGUAAACUGGGUCACGUCGAUACUUUUCGUCAUUGAGAUUAUUCUCUUCAUCUUGUCUUUGGCAGUUUUACAAGUUCUCAAAAGUACUAAAGACACGUCCAGAAGACCACACCGUCGGGAACGGGAACCGGAUGUGUCAAGUGAGAGGAUACGGUUGAACUCGAUGGAUCGAAUUGGGGAUGCUCGAAUAGAUAAUGAUACAGUACUUGAAGAUGGUGGUAGUAUUAACUCACGGUAG